GGUGCCGCAGGCGCAGAGCAGAUCGAGGCGCCCGGGGGCAACGCUCAGUGUGCCAUCUGCCUCACGGUGGUGGAGAAGGGCACCUUGUACACCGAGCUGGCGUGCAGGCACGGCUUCCACCCCGCCUGCAUCUCGCGCUGGCUGAUGCAGAACGAGUCCUGCCCCACCUGCGAGAAGGCCAUCCCCGUGUCUGCGAGCCACGCGGAGCCCGCGGAGGAGGCGGAGCAGGACUACGAAGCCGGCGCCGAUGGAGUCAACAGGGACGACAGCGCAAAGCAGCCUGAGCAGGAGGCGCGGCGCGGCAGCUACGGGGAGGACGGCUGGAGGGAGGAAGCGCCUCCCGUCCGCGGCGCGGCAGACCCGCGAAUGCGGUCGGAGGAGG